GAGAAGGUUAGUCCGAACUUUGAAAUUGGAGAGAUGAAUUUGUGUUCCACUAUUGUCACAUAUCUUUAUGGGCUGUUUAUAGGUGCAUUUUGGUGGAAAAGACAUUCUUCGCCUGCUCUAUAGUCUGUAGUCUGUGUCCUUUACGAAAUCAUUUACCUUUUUUUUUUUUACCUCAUGCAGGGAUUUUUCGUUAUACUUUCAUGGAUGCCCAUUUAUUUCAAGACGAUAUAUCAUGUUGAUUUAAGACAAGCAGCAUGGUUUAGUGCUGUUCCUUGGAGCAUGAUGGCCGUGGCAGGUUACUUUGCUGGUGUCUUGUCAGACAUGAUGAUUCAGAGAGGCAUAAGUGUGACAUUAACCCGCAAAAUCAUGCAAUCAAUUGGUUUUAUUGGACCUGGGAUAGCUCUUGUUGGUCUAACAAUGGCAAGAAGUCCAUCCAAUGCAUCUGCUUGGCUUACUUUAGCAGUUGGGCUAAAAGCAUUCAGUCAUUGUGGCUUCCUCGUGAACCUCCAGGAGAUUGCACCACAGUAUUCAGGCGUCCUCCAUGGUAUAUCAAAUACUGCUGGUACAUUUGCUGCUAUAGUUGGAACGGUUGGUGCCGGCUACUUCGUGGAAUUAGUGGGUUCUUUUAAGGGAUUCUUGUUGCUUACAGCUUUUCUCUAUUUCUCGGCUGCUCUCUUUUGGAACUUUUUCGCCACAGGGGGGAGAGUCAAUUUUGAUGAAACUCUUUAGAUGUCUGUAUUUCUGAUAGUUUCCUGUUUGCUCGCAUCAUCUUUGUAAAGUAGUUUAUAGAAACGAGAAAGGGUCAAGGAUAUUAACGAACGUUUUCAAUCUAGCAAGUUCUUUUGGUUUCUUGGAUGCAGUACUGUGGGAACUGGGAAGCCGGGAAGGUACUUUUUGGCCAACGAAAGUCCCAAAUUUGUAAAAUUCUGAUUGCCUUGUAUAAAUAGGAUGCUGAUCCAGCGGUCCCUGCAGUACGGAAAAUCCAAUGUAUUUUUGCAGUGUCCAUCAGCAUGGAGAGUGCCGCUGUUUGCUUAAAACGCUUACCAAUGUUGGCUAACUUGUAACAAUCUCGGAUGGCUCUCUACUAAUGUUUUGGAUUUGCAAUUUCAAUUUUCGUAAAACAAUCUGACAAAGCAAUUUGCUUAAA